GCAUCCCUGACUCAAGCGAUUAAAGGGGUAACAUUCAUAUAGAUCUAUAGACACUUUCCAGGAAAAUGAUGUACACCGGCGAAAUCGAGAACGGCCAGAUGCAUGGCCGUGGCCUUCUUGUUUAUCCAAAUAAGGAAAAAUAUGAGGGUGAUUGGGUGUACGGGAAGCGCCAUGGCCACGGCGUGUACACCUACGCCGAUGGUAGCCGUUACGAGGGUGAGUGGCUGGAAGACAAGGUGCAUGGCAAGGGAACGUGCUACUAUGCCAGUGGCAAUGUUUAUGCAGGUGACUGGACUUUUGGCCGCAUAAACGGCCGCGGCACCCUUGACUAUGCCGACGGGGAUAGUUACAAGGGGGAGUGGAAGGAUGGGCGAAUGCAUGGCACGGGCACUUACCACUACGCCAAUGGUGACAGCUAUGAGGGUGAAUGGAAAGAGGAUAAGCGCCACGGUAAAGGAACGGUUACCUACAUGGCACCUGACGGCGGAGUAUCGGAGAAGUAUGAGGGUAACUGGGUGGAUGGACGUAUGCAGGGCUGGGGUAAGUAUUACUAUGCCGAUGGUGGAAUUUAUGAGGGUGAGUGGCAGGAUGGAAAGAUGCAUGGCAAGGGUACUUAUAUCUUUUCCAACGGCAACAAGUACGAGGGUGAGUGGGUUGAGGAUGUUAAGCAGGGCUACGGUGUUCUGAUUUACGCGAACGGGGAGCAUUAUGAAGGGUACUGGCUAGCAAAUAAGGCCCACGGAACCGGAACGCUCACUUAUCUCCAGGGCGAUCGCUACACAGGGGAGUGGUAUCAAGGAAAGAAGCAGGGUCAUGGCAUCCUCGCGUAUAGCAACAAAGAUACGUACGAGGGGGAAUGGGAAAAUGACAGAGCCAACGGCUACGGUGUGCUCGAAUAUGCCAACGGCUGUCGCUAUGAAGGCAUGUGGAUGAAUGAUCUUCGCCAUGGUGAGGGUCAGCUCCUCCUCCCUGAUGGCUCAAGCUACGAGGGGGGCUGGGUGCAUGGCAAAAAGGAGGGCAAGGGGCGAAUCAUCCUCAAAGAUGGAUCCAUCUGCACAGGAACUUGGAAGGAAAAUAAGUGUGUUGGACAUGAAGAGUUCAAACUUUCUGAAAAUUGCGAUCUUAAUAACCCCGACUAUUAA